AGAAUAAAGAGCAAAUAUAGCAUGUCCACGUCGGUUUGAAAAAUAGAACCAAUCAUAAAGUUUCGUUCUUCCAGGUCACACUUUGUUUUGUAGACAUAGAAUCUGGACUAAACAAAACUGAAAGUUACCCUCUAUAGAACAGGCCAUCUCUUUUUCAAUACAGAAUGUUAUGUCUCUCUAACUCCGACUCUUCCAAUUCAACAUCGUGUCUGAAACAGAGUGCGUCAUGGUUUUGUUCAUGUUUAAUCUCAUUAAUUCAGAUGCCCAGUACAAGUUCUUCAAUGCUUUGUUUGCAUCAGCGAGGAUCUUCUCUUCUAGAAAUCACGAUCUCUUCAUCGCACCUGAAAUCAAUCCACCGUGUCUCUCGCUUACCAUCAUUGCGUGCAGACGGAAUCGUGGCUGUGGCGUUCAAUAUCCACUUCAACACCUCUGGUCAAUCAAGGCUUGAUGGUUUAGGGGUGAAUUUAAGUCAACUUAAUUAUGCUUCUGCUCUUUACCUCCGUUGCCAGAACUGUAGAGGAAAGCUUCUGCGAGGGAUCGAGUCUUCUGCGUUUUCAGGGGCAAGCAGCAACGGAUAAGAAAUUGUCCUCCUGAUCCAAUCAAGCUUUUAUCCACUUCCGUCUACAAACGGUUUUCCAGUCCCCCUGAUCCAAUCAAGCUUACCUUCACUUCAUCCUACUCUUAUAUUAUCCUUUGUUAAUGUUCUCCAGGUGAGGCUGAAGCAAUACUCGCUAGAGCACAAGUAACUUCUAGAGGUUUUACCAUGUUAUCUCAGUCUCACGAAGAAACUGGGGGAGUAGAGGAUUGUAUUUUUA